GGCAGAAGUGCAACUGUUGUGCGCGCAGAGUUACUGAGCCCCAACGAAACAAGACACAAAGGGGCAAACAUGGCCCAUUGUCUAAGGCACGUUUUAGGUGUAUUAUUUAAACGAACUAGUUUAACUGGCGUUCGUGAAGCUUCCUUCAAGUCACCGCUUAAUAUUGAGAACCUAUACGGUGCGGGACCCGAAGCUAUAGCAGAUUCCCCUCAGCCCCCCCAGUCAACAGAAUCUACAUUCAGCGGCUUUAUUCCUAUGAAAGAGCUGAGUGUUACCUACUCGAGAAGUAGCGGUCCAGGAGGUCAACAUGUAAAUACAACAAACUCUAAAGUGCACAUACGGUUCCAUAUCGAUUCGGCGACGUGGAUUCCUAAUAACGCGAAAAAAAGGCUCAAAACCCAAUGUGCCAGCUCCAUUACGAAGGAUGGAUUUUUUGUUAUUAGUUCAGACCGCACUCGAAAGCAGAUCCUUAAUACGGCUGAUUGUGUGGAUCGCAUUCGGACGAUGGUGUUCGAAGCAUGUAAACCUCCGCCAGAGGUCAGCCAGGAGACACGACAAAUGCUCAAGACUGGACCGCGCAGCUGCCAUUCGCCUCCGACAGAAACGGAUCAAAAGCCAAAAUCGCCGAAACAGUCAAGCCGAUCAUGGCUUUUGAACACACUAUGACAUUGCUUAAACUUCAUUACACAAAAUGAUAGUUGUAGUCAUAUUUUAGCUUAAACAGUAUGUGAAAAUGUAUAUUUUACCGUAUUUCACAUAGUAAAAUUACUAAAAGUAAGAUUUUUAUUACGCUCAA